AUGAAGUUUUCAAAAAUAUUUUUUUUCUUUGCCUUCUUCUUAACUAUUAAAUUGCUAGCUCCAUGCUCUUGUGACGUGGAUAGAGUAGAAAAUCCCCGUGAAAAUGAUGUUGGAUUAAUGAAGUUAGAAGAAGAUCUUGAAAGAAAAAAAAAAAAUGAAAAAAUGAUUUUAAUCUCAUCAGUUGCUACAGGAAUAGCUGUACUUUUGGGUAGUGCUUUGGGAUUAGGAUACUAUGCUCAAAAAAAUAAAAGUACUGGAAAACCAAAGAGUGAAAAACAAGGUGAGGAAAAAAGUGAGAGUUCUGAGGAAAGUAGUGAAUCAUCGGAAGAAUCUGGUGAUAAAAGUUAA